AAAUAUAAAAGUAUGAGUAGUAUCAAUUUUAUAAUGAAUAAUUACAAACAGCACACACCAUUUCUUUGUCAAAUGCGUCUCUUCAAUUUAUAAUAUUGUUAUACUUGUUUAAUUUAUUUGUCAUCGAUCAUAUUCGAAUGGGUUGAACUCAGUUUCAGUAUCAUCUUCAAGAUUCCCAAUUUUCUCCUUACCUCCGACAACAUCAAAAAGGAUUCGAGAAUAUGCCCACAAAACGUCAAGAAGAAGGUCAACAAGCACACAACAUCUCUCCAUCAACAGCGUAUUCACAACCUUGGUGGCAUGGGAUUGGAAAUGGCGUGAUGUCUUCUUUUGGUGAAACAAAUGGUGUUAUCAAGUUCGGAGAUAAAUUACAAACCACUAGUGAUGAUGUUGUUGAAGAUACAGAUUCCCCCAGAAUCAACAUUUCUGGAUUGAACAUCAACAAUUGCCAAGAACAGGAACAAGUCAAACAAGUUGAAACGAGUUCACUAAUGGAAAUUGUGUUGACAUCUAAUUUGUAUCAGGAUCCACAUUAUGCAGGAAUGAUGAAUUAUGGAACACAGACACAUCCAAAUUUACAUAGAAUGCCAUUACCCCUUCAAAUGGAAGAGGAGCCUGUUUAUGUAAAUGCAAAACAAUACCAUGGGAUUCUAAGGAGAAGACAAUCAAGGGCAAAAGCAGAAAUGGAAAAAAAAGUGAUUAAAUCCAAAAAGCCUUAUCUUCAUGAAUCGCGACACCAACAUGCUAUGAGAAGGGCUCGGGGUUGUGGGGGCCGCUUUCUGAAUACAAAAAAGCUCAGUGAUGACAUGGACACAAAUUCUGUACAACAAAAGGAGCCAAAAUCAGGUGUAUCUAAUUUCCAUGGAAGCUCUUCAAUCUUUGAAGAUAUGCUUAAAAGAAACUCUUCCUCAAAUGACAACAAUGAUGAUCAUCAUGGUUUGUCAUCAACAUUCAACUUCCAUUUGAUGGGUAGGGAAGAGGCAGUGCAUUACUUCAAAAAGGAGAAGGGUAAUUUGGUAAAUCAAAUCCCAAAAAGAGACCCCUAUUACAAAUGAGAAAAGGGGUGAAGUAGAUGUUGUUUUCCCUGUGUGUGAGUGUUAACUGGCAAUUCAUUCUUGGCUUUGGUUACUUACUUGAAGGGUUAUUAAUGGUGAAGCGUUGAUAAUCUUUUGUGCAAUAUGGAGUUGUACUAUGUACGAAGAAGUUGUACAUUUUGGAAUCUCAAAACAAUGUUUUUUUUUUUUUUUUUUUUUUUUUUUUUUUUUUUUUUUUUAUAAAUACUUGAAAGGUAUGGUUUGCGGAUGACCUCAUACACUAGCUGCUCAGCAUGUUUGGAACUGGUGAUUUUCAUUUAUUUUUGAACUGUAAUCGUGGACUUGCACUCAAGAAGCUCAUAAAUUCGUAUGAUUUCCCUACAAGGAUUCCAAUGUUCA